ACGGCAUCUCAACUCACACUCAUCAUCACUCGCCUUCGCUCGAGCACUUCCCCUUUUCCUGAGCUCAUCGUCUUGUUUGAGAGCGGCAAAACAUAUAUAUGGCUAAGGGAAUGGGCAGUGCUCGUGGCAGCAGCGGCGCCACCGUGCUGGCGCUGGUCCUCCUCUGCGUGCUCCUCCACGGCGAGUUCGCCGAGUCGGCGGUGUACACCGUCGGCGACCGUGGUGGGUGGAGCUUCAACACCGCCAACUGGCCCAAGGGCAAGCGCUUCCGCGCCGGCGACGUGCUAGUGUUCAAGUACAACCCCAAGGCGCACAACGUGGUGCCCGUGAGCGCGGCGGGGUACAACUCGUGCAGCGCGCCCAGGGGCGUCAGGGCGCUCACCACCGGCAACGACCGCGUCACGCUCAAGCGCGGCACCAACUACUUCAUCUGCAGCUUCCCCGGCCACUGCCAGGCCGGCAUGAAGGUCGCCGUCACCGCCGCGUGAUGAGGCCGCCACCGAUCGGCCGGCGGCUAUCUUCUGGCUCUAUUAUUUUUUCUUCUCCAAAUCCAAAGUAAAGCGUGUGUGUACGUAGUAGCUCGUCGUUGUUCAAUAAUGUCGUGUUGUCGGAUUGGGACUACAUAUAGAGCAAUGUUAUGUACUGGCGUGUGUGUUGAAUGUUGAUGUAUAUGUAUGCAACCGAAUAAGAAGGCAUAUACAGCUGCGUUAGUUUCAGCUGCAUCCUGCAUUCA